UGCAUCUAAAAAAAGAUCUGGGCAGAGGGUGAGGCUGUGGAGUUGCAAGGGGAGGCACAGUGUCUACAGUGAGUGCUCUUUAGAUCUAUCUGGACUUCACAAAGAGGUACUGCUCAUGGAUUCCUACGGAGGACAUUACCUAAACAGAGAAGCAGUGUUGUCUGGGUUAGGUGCUGCCCGCAUAUGCCAGCUGUUGUUGGGCUGCACCAACAUGGCUCUGGUGUCCCACAGUGCAGGCUUCAGUGCCACAUAUGGCACCUACUGCAUGUUUGUGUGGUGUUUUUGCUUUGCUGUUACAUUGGUAAUCUUUAUACUGGAUGUGGUUCGUCUGCAUGGCUGCGUGCCUAUUUCCUGGGACAAUUUUACAGUGACUUUUGCUAUGCUGGCCACCCUCAUGUACAUCACAGCUUCUGUGGUGUACCCAGUGUACUUCCUCAGCAAUGGGUGUUCAUCUGAGGGAUGUGAAGAGCGCAACUACCGGAUUGCUGUCACUUUGUGCUCUAGCAUCUGCUCUUUUGCUUAUUGUGCAGAGGUCAUUCUUACGUGGGCCAAGCCAGGCCAUGUUGUAGGUUAUAUGGCCACCAUGUCUGGCCUUCUUAAGGUAGUCCAGGCAUUCAAUGCCUGCAUAAUCUUUGGUGCUCUAGCAAAUGACAGUGAGUACAACCUCCACAUCCCCACACAGUACUGUGUGGUGAUCUACAGUCUGUGCUUCACCAUUACAGUGCUGCUGGUGGUCCUUACUGUUUCAGGGAGGACUUCAAUGUUGAGGUUUCCGUUUGACCGUUUUGUGAUUAUUUACACUUUCCUCGCAGUGCUGCUGUAUAUGAGUGUUGCUGUGGUGUGGCCUGUCUUCAGUUUUGAUAAGAAGUAUGGCACUACUGGACGCCCAGAUAACUGCCUCAGAGGAAAAUGCCCAUGGGAUAGCAAACUGGUGGUUGCCGUGUUCACCUUUGCCAACCUGGUGCUUUACUUCAUUGACCUUCUCUACUCACAAAGGAUCCGCUUUGUUUUACAGUCAGCAGCGUAA